AUGUCAGCUACGUGCUGUGAUCCAAUGAAAGCAUUCGUUAGCAGGAUUAGAGCCUGUUAUAAAGAAAUGGAAACAACAGAACUAACGUGUGAAUUAGCAAACUGCGUAACUGAAGAAAAAUAUCACAUAUCACAAAAUGGCAAAAUCAACAUCACCAGUUGUUACGCGUUGCUUGAAAGAUUGGACGCUGAACAGCCUCUAACUAAAGAUAUGAACCAAAUGAUAAGAGAGGAAUGCAUUAAAAAGCAUGGAUACAAACGAUAUGUCACAUCGUACGACCCUAAAUGUGAAGUUUUGCAGUACAUGACGUGCGCCUACAAAUGUCCCAGGUACAAUAAAUCACCAUCUAUGUGCCGCAAGUUGGGCAGAGACGUUAAAACUUGUGACCCGAAAUGUGACAAGUAUUUGGCACAAAAGAAAUCUAAGAAAUGCAAUAAGACCAGGAGCCAUAUUGUCUCAACUUAA